AUGCCAGCUAUAACAUCUGCCAGACUUCUGCGAUACGCCGAAUUCCUGUCGAGCUUUAAUUACGAAGUAAUCUACAAAAAAGGAUCCGAAAAUACUAAUGCAGAUUGUCUAUCCAGAGCAACGCAAAUUCCAGGAAAUCAUUGCACGGACAAAGUAAUAAAUGAAGAGAUAAAUGAACUAUGUUUGUUAUCCAUCUUUGAAAUAUCCAGCGAAUACAUAAAUUCAGAAAUCCUAGCAUCGGAAACCGCAAAAGAUCCCGAACUUUCAAACAUCUUAACCAACAUGAUGAACGGGAACGGCGAAGGUACGUAUAUGCUCAAUAACGGCAUUAUUUUUAAGGGUCAACGGGUAGUGAUUCCAAAAAGCCUACAGCAAAAUGUUCUUCAAGAAUUACAUCGCACUCACCCAGGCGUUACCAAAAUGAAGCAACUCGCCAGAAGAUAUUGUAUCUGGAAAGGUAUUGACCGUGAUAUAGAACGGACAGUACGAUCAUGCGAACCAUGUGUUCAAGUUCAAAACAAACCGGCGAAAGCUCCACUGCACCACUGGGAGGAACCAAAAGAAAAUUGGGAAAGAAUACAUAUAGAUUACGCCGGACCAUUCCAGGAUAAUCAUUUUCUUGUGGUCGUGGAUGCAAAGUCUAGAUGGGCAGAAUUUCGAGUUAUACGGGAUGCUCCAACAACCCAAUCCACAAUUAACCUUCUAUCGGAUAUUUUCGCUACUCAUGGAUAUCCGUCGAUCAUGGUUUCUGACAACGCAACUAUUUUUACGAGCGCACAUUUCAAAUCAUACUGCAGCAAAAAUGGAAUUUACCAGAAGCUCAUAGCACCAGGGCACCCGAGUACGAAUGGUCUUGCCGAGCGAAAUGUUCAAACACUUAAAAGGAAGUUAAAAGCUAUGUCAACAGAACCAGGACCACUACGCCAAAAAGUCAAUGACAUUUUACAAAUAUACCGAGCAACUCCUCUUAGUAAUGGUAUGAGCCCAGCAGAACUUUACCUAAAAAGACGUAUACGGAUUCGAUUAGACGCGCUAAAACCAAUAACACAUAAUAAAGUAACGGAUUCUAUACCAGGUGUGCGCCAUAUUAGCGAGGGAGAGAGAGUACAAGCGUUAUAUACACAAAACAGCAAAACAAUUUGGAAAACAGGUACUGUACAACGAAAGCUAGGUCAACUUCACUACAUUAUUAAACUAGAUGAUGGCUACACCUUAAAACGCCAUAUAGAUCAACUAAAGGUCACAAAAGUUCAACAGCGGAAAGUCAGGUUCGCUCAAGAUGUUCCUGACAUAGGUAAUACCCGGGGAAGUACUUCAAAUACGAUUUCCGACCCAGCAGACCAACAAAAUCAUAGGAAUAGCCAGUACAAUUUUCAACAAGUCGAAACUGGAUCUCAAUCUAAUUCAGAAUCGAACGAUACAGAAUCUGAAAGACAUACAGAAACAUUACCUCGAACUCCAGAGCAGCCAACCCAAUCGUCAACUGCUCAAAAUCCGGAACAGUCGAGUCAAAGACCUGCACGAAUACGCAAUAAACCUGCACAUCUCCGCGAUUAUGACUUAACAUAA